AUGGUGAAGCUUUCGUUGGAGUGGCGGGAAAAGGCGAUCAAGGAUCAGAGCGAUGGAAAAAUCGGCGCUCCUUGGCUGGACCUGCGUCUCUUCCUGGCGAAGAAGGAUGAGGCGUGGCUGACGGAGAACGACUUAAAGGAAGGUGUGAGUGACACGAGUGAUUUGGAGCAAUUGGACGUUGCGGGAGCGCCGCUCAACUUGGUUGGCUUGUCGGAGAAGGACGUCAAGUUCGUACCCACGCUAGAGGAUGUCGAGUCGAUGAACACACCUGUACACGUGCUGGUGGUGGUUCCCCCUCCCGACGAGACGACAUCACCAUACGCAGUAAUUGCGGCCACAUUGUUUCAACACACUUUCUUGAACGUUCCCAGUACAACGGCUUCGAAAACUCAAAAGCUGAAAAAGCAAUUGGUGAAGAAAUAUAAAUGUGAUUGCGGGAGAAACAAGAACGACGACGCCAUGUUGCUGUGCAUGGUGAUAAAUGUCGCUCUACCGAGCACCGUUGUGAUCGCAUCACACAUUUUCCGACGAGAACACGAUGAUCUUAAAGAACACUUUGUGCAAAUCGCUGAUAUUGACGAUGUGAGAAAUGGAUUGCUGUUGUUCAAACCGAUCGAAAGUGCCUUCGAUGAUCUCGACAUUUCGUUUCUUGUCGACAAGCACGAUCGGUUCACUUUAAAGAUUUUUAAUACAGACAUCAAGGCGCAUCUGCUCGUGGACAGGUUGACCCAACCGCAAUGGGAAGAGUUUGGAGGUGAAUCCUUACCAACACAUUGAAGGACAAGUACGAGGCCAAUCUAUGCUCCAAGUGCGUCGGAGUUCGAUGUGCUCACAACGUUUGGCGAGUUGGAUGGUAAGACACUUUGGUUUCCAAGCGGAUCAACACUACGA